CCUGUGACUGACUCGAAUCCGUGGACGCGUAUUGACCAGUGACUGAGGGGCAGGAAGACCACGCCCACAUCCAGAUGUCUCGUGUGUUGUUCCAGUACACUUUAGUUUGAGCAGAGUGCGGAUCAGAAAUCAACAGGAGGAAAGAAAAUACAAGUCAGUCAGCAACGCGCAGAUCUCUCUCCAUCAACACACUUUGUGUGGACCCGUGUUUCGGAAUUUGUCCUGUGUGGGUGUGUUUUUUCUUCUUCUUCUUCCGUGCGUGGUCAGUGGCGGAGUGAUGGAGUGACUCGGGCUGAGUGCGAUGCCCCUCCGGAGUGCUGCUGAGCCUCGAUCAGCGCGGAGCAGACAGGGAGCGGUCUGCCUUCACGUCCAACCUGACAGAAGACACACUUUGCCUCACAAGGGCUCUUUCUGGAAGGAAACACGCGUGGAAAAAGAAGAGCCCACUCAGGAUUAUUUGUUUUAGUCCGAAGGGGCGGAAUGGGGUAUGAACGCUGUGCGCACUGAGGUCGGGUCCAGAUUGAGAAGAGCGCAAACUGCAGUAAAUUGAAAUCGAUCCGUUGGACUCAUUUUAAUGUGAAGCAGCAGAGACUGUUUGUCCUCUCGUCCCCCUCCUCUCACCUCCAACAUGACUUCACUGUCGGGGACCAAGGAGAGGUCUGUGAGCAGCAGGAGCCGAAAAUAUGGGAUGCCUGACACCUCCCCGACCAAAUCUGCCUCAUUUUUUCCGGAAACAUGGUACCGAAAGGCCUAUGAGGACACCACCCGCUCAACCACACGCCCUGCCCCUGAGGGUGCCGGCUCCAUGCCCAGCUCCACAGGCACACCAUCCCCGGGGUCAGGGAUCUCAUCACCUGGGUCCUUCUCUGGAUCUCCAGGAACCAUCUCUCCGGGGAUUGGGACUGGAUCACCGGGCUCUCUAGGUGGCUCCCCAGGCUUUGGGACAGGAUCACCAGCAUCAGGCAGUGGAAGUUCCCCGGGUAGUGAAAGAGGGAUAUGGUGUGAGAACUGCAAUGCCAGACUGACAGAGUUAAAAAGACAAGCACUGAAACUGCUCAUCCCUGGACCUUACUCUACCAAGGAUCCAUCCUUCUCUCUCCUCCUACACGACAAGCUUCAGGUGCCCAACAGUUCUCGGCGUGCGUGGAACGAACGUGACAGUCGCUGUGAUGUCUGCACCACUCACCUCACUCAGCUCAAACAGGAAGCUGUUCGCAUGGUCCUCACCCUUGACCAGUGGGAUUUGUCUCCCACCUCUUCACUACCCACCCUGGGUGGACGAUAUGUCUCUCAAGGAACUCGGGGGCUGAUGGGGGCAUCGGCAGCACAAGGUGCUCCUGGAUCACAAGACUGGCCUCCUCCCUUUCCUCCUUCAUCUUCCUCAUUGGCUGCGGCUGCUGUCUCACACCCCCCUCACCCAUCCUCACAUUCACUUUCCUCAAGCCCCAGCCAGACUCCAACAUCCAGUCCUAGCCAUGGGCCAUCCAACCCCAGUCAUGGGAGUCCUACAAUUAUGCAAAUAUCCAGCUCUGUAGCUACAAACCUACAAACUCCAGGCUUAGGACACAGGCUAGGGUCCAAGCCCAGCUCACUGGGGCUGGGAGCAGGCGUGGACAGAAGGAAUGGUUCCCCCUGUGGUGGCAAAUCAGCAACUGCAUCCCAACAGCCAGCCGGGACUGGUGUGAACAGUCCAGGCAUUAAUAGCGCUAACAGCAGUAAUAACGGGAAUACAGCAGCUCUCCAGGCUCAUCAGCAUGUCAACCGAAAUACGGGAGGAGUUGCUCUCUAUCCGUAUCAGAUUUCACAGAUGGUCUCCGAGGUUUCCAGAGACGUGCUAAGCGAAGUAGCACUGAACUGCUACAACUCAAACUCUCCUUCACACACAAACGUUCCCUCUCACACUCCAGCCGGAACUACAGCGGCACUGACCACCACCUCUGCCGCUGCCUCUUUUUUUGCCAGAGCUGCACAAAAGUUGAACCUGGCAUCCAAAAAGAAGAAAAAGACCUCUGCAGUCACACCUCCAGUGACAUCAUCACAGUCAUGUGAUCCUCCUCUGUUCCCUACCAACUUUAGCUCUGCCUUGUUGAUGGCUCCGCCCCCAGCACCACCUUGCCUGCUCCGUGCAGCCAAUAAGAUCAAAGACACCCCAGGACUUGGAAAGGUGAAGGUCAUGAUGCGUGUUUGCCCCGUGUCUCAGUCCGAUGCAGCAGAGUCCAGUUCUUUCCUUAAAGUGGAUCCCAGGAAGAAGCAAAUCACUAUCAUGGACCCUUUAGCCAAUCAAGCACCGAGCACCACCUCACAGAAAAGGGCAGGAGCCAAUCAGGUCCCUCCAAAGAUGUUUACCUUUGAUGCUGCGUUUCCUCCUGAUGCAUCACAGGCGGAGGUGUGUGCAGGAACAGUUGCUGAAGUGAUUCAGUCUGUGGUGAACGGAGCAGACGGCUGCGUCUUCUGCUUUGGACACUCCAAGCUCGGGAAGUCCUACACCAUGAUCGGCCGUGAUGACUCUCUUCAGACUCUGGGUAUUAUCCCCUGUGCCAUCUCCUGGUUGUUUAAACUCAUCAAUGAGAGGAAGGAGAAAACAGGAGCGCGCUUCUCUGUGCGUGUGUCUGCAGUGGAGGUUUGGGGCAAAGAGGAAAAUCUGAAGGAUUUGCUGUCUGAAGUAGCAACAGGCAGUUUGCAGGACGGACAAUCACCUGGAGUCUAUCUGUGUGAAGACCCUAUCUGUGGCAUGCAGCUCCAGAACCAGUCUGAACUGCGUGCUCCAACGGCAGAGAAAGCAGCCUGGUUUUUGGAUGCAGCCAUAGCAGCUCGCCACAGCAGCCAGCGUGCCAACACCACCGAGGAAGAACACAGGAACUCACACAUGCUUUUUACAUUACACAUUUACCAGUAUCGCAUGGAGAAGACAAACAAAGGAGGCAUAUCUGGAGGUCGCAGUCGCCUCCAUCUCUUGGAUCUGGGCAGCUGUGAUGUCAAAGUACUUGGAGGAGGAGGAGGGAAGAGCCGGGACAACCCUUCACCCAACUCCACCCCUCUGUGCCUUUCACUGUCUGCCCUCGGAAACGUUAUCCUGGCUCUCGUUAAUGGGAGCAAACACAUCCCGUACAAGGACAGCAAACUGACCAUGUUGCUAAGAGAGUCGCUAGGCAACAUGAACUGCCGGACCACGAUGAUUGCUCACAUCUCUGCCUCACCCAGGGAUUUCUCAGAAACCCUUUCCACCAUCCAGAUAGCAUCCCGCGUCCUCCGCAUGAAAAAGAAGAAAACGAAAGUGAAUGUGCAAUACACCUCCAGCUCCUCUGGAGGGGAGAGCUCCUGCGAGGAGGGCCGCAUGCGGCGCCCAACUCACCUCCGACCCUUCCAUCACCGCAGUGACACCGACUCUGAACUUCCACUGCUGCGGCUUUCCACCGACCCUGACGAAUACUCGAGCAGUGAGCAGUCAUGUGACACGGUGAUCUAUGUGGGCCCAAACGGUGCGGCGGUGUCGGACAGAGAGCUGACAGACAAUGAGGGGCCACCAGAGUUUGUGCCAAUUAUUCCUGCUUUGCUCGGAGGGAAACUUUCAGAAACGCAAAAUCAAAGUCACACCAUGGGAGCGCAGAACAAGAUGCAGCCUGAGAGCCAGGAGCAGCCCGGGGUCCCCACGCAGUCACUCAUUGGGCAGCCAUUGGCCCCCGUCCCAGAGGAAGGAGCAGAGUGCCUCAAGUGCAACACCUUCGCCGAGCUGCAGGAAAGACUGGACUGCAUCGAUGGCAGCGAGGAGGUGGCAAAGUUCCCCUUUGAAGAAGUUCCAGUGAGCAAACAAGGUUCCAAACAGGAUUCAGCUUCUACUCCUCCUGCUGUCCUGCCAUCAGCUCCUUCCGCUCCUAGUUUGGACAGAGACACGAAACCAGACUCUGCGUGUGAUGGAGACAGUGGGGUGCAGUUCUCCUCAGCUGUGGCCUCCAGGAGGAGGACCAAUGACCAGCAGCUGCAGGAGAUCAAGGAGGUGGUGGAGGAGGCCGAGCUGGCCCAGACAAUGAUCCACAGCUUGGCUCGGAGCUCUGUUUCCUCCAUAGUUAACGGUACCAGGUGUGUGCCAGGCAGCACCAGCACUACUAACCUUCUGCACAGGGCCAACAGCACCCACAUCCACAGCAGUCAGGAGAGUGUGAAUUUCAACUGUAACAUGGAAGGGAAAUCACGCCCAAUAGGAUCGCCUCGGCUCGGCAUCGCCAGCCUCACCAAAACCUCAGAGUAUAGACCGCCAUCGUCACCAUCCCAAAGGUGUAAAGUGUAUACACAGAAAGGCGUGAUGCCGGCCACUCCCUCUCUGUCCUCACACACUCUGGCUCAGGACAUCCAGAUGUCCGAUGCUUUAACUUCAGACAACAGUUUGGCUGCAGACAGUUUGGCUGCAGACAGUGGCCGUUCAUCCACAGAGUCCCUCCUGUCGAGGACGCCUCCUGUGGGCAUGAGCCCACAGGUCAGAGAGCCAACUCCAUCUCUGUCUGCCAGCCAUGGCUCCGCUGAGACACUCUGUGAUGAUGACGUCCCACCGAUACCCUUGGACACACACAGAGAGGCUUCAGCACCUACCAGUGCAGUCAGGCCUCUCUCUCUGGCUAACAAUGACCCAGUGUGUAUGGUGACAUCAGCACAGAAAGAGGACUUUGAUGUCGGCGCUCUUGUAGAGGCCCAGAGCCCAAAUUGUCGACCGAUGAGCAUCAUCAGCUUCAACAGUGACUGCUGCGCUGUUGGGGUCCUGACCUCGAGCUGUCACCCCACCGGCAGCACUGCAGAGAUUAGAGCUGUGGAGGAUUAUCACACGUCUGCCGGUGCUGCUUCAGGAGUUACAGAGGUAGUUGCCAUGGCAGAGGUUGCCAUGGCCAAGUUGCGGCUAGAAGGUGAAGCUUUAUCUUCAGCGGUGUCCAACUGUGGUUCACCGGUCUCCUCCUGGCUCAGUGACCUGAGUGUGAGCAGUGAAGCAGACCAGUCUCUUCACAGCUUCAGCCAGUCCCAGAGCCAGCAAGGAGAGGCCAUGGCAGAACCUGAUUUCAACCACAGUCUUUCAUUUGGACCAGAUGAACUGAGUUGUUAUAAAACCUGUGACAUCCAGCGAAAAGAGAGUUUGGAUAGAGAGAUGGUAUUGUCAGAGAAUGGGAGCGAGAAGGAAAUUCCAAUCAAAGAGAAACUGAACAAACUCCCUCCGUCAAUGGAUAAAACUGGCAUCCAAUCUUUUGGAGGACCUUGUAAUCUUUCUCUCUUCAAGACGGCUAUCAGCGUCCACCCAUGGGGGGUUGAUAAGCCCAUGAUCAUACAGGAUCACACUGUUCUGGCUUCACCGUCUGAGGCCAACCUGGUCAGAGACCCAGUCAAAUUCAGUUCUCCACAAUUAGCUUCCACUGACUUGAGCUUUGAUGAUCCCUGGUUGAAGCGUGAUGUGGAGGAGGGAAUCAAGGAACCUAUGUCUGAUGUGAAGACAGACAGGAGCCACCAAGUUGGCCAAAUCCAUAUGGCAGGAGAGACUAGAGCUGGGAUUGGGGACCACCAAAGCUUCUGCAAUGAUGGUGGGGAUUGUAUAAUUUCCAGUUCAGGUGGUGAAGUGGUCUUCUCUCCAGAUUCUUCUAAAAGAGUGGUAGAUGGUUGUGAGAUGGUUGUUGUUGUUGCCCAAGGAGAAUGUGUGACUAAUAACUACAGUUCAGACCACCGCACUUCUAGUCUACCCCGAGGAUGGGAUCAUGUCAACCGUCAUGAUGGAUUAGAUAAUGGAGUCGAAUACCGGAAUCUUGGGGUCACCACUUCAACUCCCUGCAGUCCUCGAGCUACACUUGAUCGACAAGGAUCAAAUGGAAAACAAGGAUUCUUCUCUCAUAAGAGGGGAGGAAUCCCACCUCUACCACCAAUACGGAAGUCUAGUCUUGACCAGCGGAACAGAGCAUCAGGUGCCCUAGACAGCCUACUUCACCAACCCAUCCAAGGGCUGUCAUCAGUGGGAAGCUCAGUAGAUGAUGCAGAAGUGUCUGGAAGCAGCUGUGGGAGUGUUGCCAGACAACGAGGCUCCAGCAUAGAUAGCAGCAAGCUUUUCAGUGCCAAGCUGGAACAGCUGGCAAACAGAACCAACUCUUUAGGCCGGGCCCACAGCUCCCACAGUGGUUCUUCCCACUAUGACUGCUUUUCAUUGGAAAGGGGAGAGAGCCUGAGAGGGGGAGGCGGAGGGGGAAAAGGGGAUGGCACCAUGCCCCGUACUGGGCGCAGCUUGACCCGUGGUGGGUCACUGACUUCUCCCAUUGGAUAUGGUAAUACCAACAGCGCCAGUUUCUGUGGCUGUCCUGGUUCAAGCAGUGCUCCACAGUCACCGGCCAAAGCUGGCGGACAGUCCAAGAUCUCAGCAGUCAGUAAGCUGCUGAUGACCAGCAGUCCCAAAACACGGAGUCUCUCCACCUCCAGUACCAAGUCCCUGAGUUUCUCAACCAAAUCUCUAACCCAAAGCUCCAGCCGAAGCUCCAGCCUUCCUCCUAAUGGAAAGCCUCAAAACUCAGUUCAAGGUCCUGUGCAGCCACAAGGACCAUCCCCUGGUUCUUGGGCUACCCAGUCUUUAAGUCGUAAUCGGGGUGGUAACCUGGCUGCAAAGCUGCCUCUCCGGGCUGUCAACGGUCGAAUCUCAGAACUCCUCCAGGGAAACACAGGUUCCCGUUCCAGAAGUCAUCCUCAGGGAAGAGGCACAGAUCCUGCAGAGGAGAGAGGAGUAGGAGGUAUAGGUAGUGCGGGACUUGGAGGAGGAAGUGUUCCAGUGGAAGACAGGACAGCAGCGGUCCAGCCUUUGCCAUCGCCUUACAGCAAGAUCACAGCACCCAGGAAACCACAGCGCUGCAGCAGCGGGCACGCCAGCGACAACAGCAGUGUACUAAGCGGUGAGCUCCCCCCAGCCAUGGGGAAGACGGCACUGUUUUACCACAGCGGAGGCAGCAGCGGGUAUGAGAGCAUGCUGAGAGACAGCAGUGAGAACACGGGCAGCACCUCCUCUGCUCAGGACUCCCUCAGUGAGCACAGCUCAGCCACCGCCUCCUCCAGGAGGAGCUCCAAGAGCAGCAAGAAGAGCAGGAGUAACACAGGCCUGCAGCGUCAUCGACUGAUCCCAGCACUGACCUUGGACUCCUCAUCUUCCACAACAUCUCACCGCUCCUCCAAACUGACCAUCACAUCCUCAUCUUCUUCUUCCUCUAGCCCAGGUGCAUGCUGGGUCGAUGGCCCUCUGGGGCCCCACGCUUCCCCUACCCACCGUGGCACUGCUGCAAUGACAGAAACCUUUGAGAUCACAGUGUACGAGAUAGAUGACGUGGAGCGAUUGCAGAGAAGGAGAGAGAAAGGAGGAAAUAAGGAUGCGGUACGUGUCAGCGCCAAGCUGCGCCUGUUGGAACACCGUCAGCAGCGCAUCAGUGAAGUCAGAGCCCGGUACCAGUGCCUGAAGAAAGAACUGGAACAAACCAAACAGUACCUGAUGCUGGAGCCACACAGAUGGACCACAGAAUUUGAGCUUCAGCAGGUCUAUGAAGUGGACUCACUGGAGUAUUUGGAAGCUCUGGAAACAGUGACGGACAAACUGGAGACCAGAGUGAACUUCUGUAAAGCUCAUCUCAUGAUGAUUACCUGCUUCGAUGUGUCCUCCAGACAUCGGUAGACACACUGCCAGCAGGAAGAUGAUGGAUGGCAUCUGAACCUUCACCACCUGAACAAACCCAUUUUGAAAAUCAAUGAAAUAUAAACAACUGAUUGGAUGAAUCAAUAGAUGGAAGGAGAGAAGAAAGGCUGGACUGGUCAGAUGUUAUCCUCCAGAUGGAAGUUGGCAGAAGGAUGGAUAGAUGGGAAGUAGAAGGAUGAAUUGAGUAACUAAGACAAAAGUGUCCUCGGAUUUUAGGGCUGGAAACAGGCUUAGAAACAGAAACAAAUGGACAAAACAGUGAGAGAACCACGGCCAAAAGGCUGUGAGCCUACGACCAUACAGACUGAACAAAUGUCCUGAUGGAAAAACAGACUGAAGAUUGUCUGAAGACAAACAACAGCGACAGAAACUAGUGUCAUAUUGUGAAGUUUUGGAAGAACCAAGAAGCAUUCUGUCUUCUUGACUGGCUGUAAAUAGAGAAUGUAUGAAGAAUGAAUGUUCAAGUGCCUUUUGAACACUUUUACAAAACCAGUUCUGUUUCUCUUUGACUUUCUGUACAUGCAGUCUGGUGCUAGCGUAAUCUAGCGAGGAGAAACAAACAAACAACCAGUGUCCUUGGAAAACAUUUCAAUUUAUUGCCAUUUCUAAAUGUGCUGUUUUACUGUCUUUAGUGUUUACAUGAUAAACUGUGUUUGAACUGUCUUUUGUAAGGUGAUAACUGACAUUUCUCUGCCUGCAUCAACAUAACUGUUGGUUUUUGUGAUAAUAAUGUUUUAAAAAAAGCCAAACAUGUUGGCACAGCUGACCUGGAUUUAUGGUGUGUGUGUGUGUGUGUGUGUGUGUGUGUGUGUGUGUGUGUGUGUGUGUGUGUGUGUGUGUGUGUGUGUGUGUGUGUGUGUGUGUGUGUGUGUGUGUGUGUGUGUGUGUGUGUGUGUGUGUGUGUAUCGGGGGCCUUUUUCUCUUGAUGUUUUUAAACUCUAUUUUUAUUUCAGAUCUGAACUUUGACCUUCUGGGGCAUACAUAAUGCAGAUGUGACGACUUUUUGUGAAAUCUAUUCACUGACUUAACUGUUUUUUCAAGUAUUUGUAACUGUGUUGUUCUGCUCUAUUCUU